AUGCCUUCCAAGACCGAUGACAAGUACACGGAUCCGGAGCUUCGCGCCCAAGUCAAGGAAGAGAUUCAGGAGGGGGACAAGGGAGGCGCGCCAGGCCAAUGGUCGGCUAGGAAGGCGCAAAUGAUGGCAUCCGAAUACAAGAAACGAGGGGGCGGCUAUACUACCGACCAGAAAGACGACCGGGCCAAACACCUGGAUGAAUGGACGAAAGAGGAGUGGCAAACAAAGGAUGGUGACGGUAGCGCCAAAGACGAGCAGGGCACGGAGCACCGGUACCUGCCCAAAAAGGCAUGGGAGGAGCUGGACAAGGAAGAAAAGGAAGCGACGGACGAGAAGAAGCUGGAGGGAAGCAAGCAGGGAAAACAGCACGUGGGGAACACGCCAAAGGCGGCGCAGGCCAGGAAAGAUGCUAGCAAGCACGACGGGACGGGCGGAUACAUCAAAAUCGACAAGAAGAGCGUCACGGACUGCACGACUCACUGGGACGAUCCGGAGCACAUGGAGAGCAACCAGCGGGCCUACAGAAAGUUCCAGGAAGAGGGGCGCAAAUCAAAGGGGACGGCGCAGGACCAGGACGGUGAGGGCGGGCAGAAGCGUGGACGGGGGGCGAAUGCAAAUGCGCUGUGGCCGAAUAAGAAACAAAAGGACGGCGGUGGUGGCAGUGGUGAAAAGAAGCAGGAGUCGCCAACAGGGGCGGCCGGAGACAAGACGCGGGUGCCCCAGGCGGGCCAGAAGGUGCAGUGGCAUGCGGCGGGGGGCUCCUAUGUGCAUGGCGAGGUGGUCGAGGUUUUGUACGAGGAAAAGGACGUCGAGGGCGAGCGUGUGCAGGCGAGCAAGGAAGACCCGCGCGUGGUACUCGAGAGCGCGUCGUCGGGCAAGAUAUGUGUGCACAAGCCCGAGGCGGUAUACUUUGGCUAG